UGUUUCCAUUUCCAUUUUCAACCGUUGCACAAAACCCUCGUCGUGUUCGAGCUCGCAGUGUCUGUCUGUCUGUCUGUCUGUCUGGGCUGAGUGAGUGCUGGAGUCGCGUAGAUCUGCACGUCCUCCUUGUAGGGGAGUGUGGGUGUUAGCGGCGCUUGCUGUGCUGUUUGUGAUCUGGAGGGAGCCAGUUGGGGAAAACUAGACAGACCGCUCAGGCUGCGGAGCAUCAGCGAUCAGAAAAGGUGGCAGGCAUGGAUAGGCACAAGCAUUAUGACUCUGGCGAGGGGAGUACCAGGGAGAAGAAGCUCCUGGGUGCGCGAGAUGAGUUUCCAGAGGCUGAAAAGGCUGUUAGAGCUGCCGCUGCCAAGCCAGACCCUAUAGCGGAGUUCCCUUCGUUUCUCAUUUACAAUCGAAAUGGUUUAAAACUGAACUUGGAAGCUGGGUCUGGCGCAGCUCUGUCUGCUACUACGAAAGAAAGUAUGCAUAAACUUUUAAUGAUGAAUAUGGAAGUGUUAUUUGGUCCCCAUGAAUGGCCUGCUGAAGAGAACAUGAAGCGGUGGGAAAUGGUAUCCCCUGAAGCGCGCUUCAUUUUUGUGAGGAAAAGCACUCCUACCAUUGAAGCGGGCAGUUCUGAUGAAGGUCACCCAAUGGUGGGCUUCGUCCAUUUUAGAUUCGGUUUGGAACACGAGGUUCCAGUACUUUAUAUAUAUGAGACACAGCUGGAGAAAACAGUGCAAGGGAAAGGUCUUGGAAAGUUUUUAAUGCAGUUACUUGAGUUGGUUGCACGAAAGAACAACAUGAAAGCAGUACUUUUAGCUGUGCAUAAAAGAAACACAAGGGCGCUAACCUUUUACAAUGAACGUUUAGGGUAUAAGUUGGCAAUUAGAUCAGCAUCAAGUCAACAAAGCACACAAACUGUCACAGAGAUGAAAUACGAGAUUCUUUGUAAAACUUUCGAUGUGGAGUACACAGCCGUUGUAGAGGAACGGCAAGGGGACAUGGAUUGUGAAUCACGUGAAGAGAGCGCUGGAGAAGCAAGCUGCCAGACAGUUGACGCAGAGGAUCAGGUUUUGGAUGACUCACGUCCUGAUACAGAAUGUGAGUCACGGAUCGAGAGCGUGCCAAACACCCUACAAGGAAUGAAGUACACACAGUACAAUGUGAGGGGCGACAAGUUUGAAGUCUACGACAAGUAUGUAAUGAUUGGUCCCAUUGGUCAUGGAGCUUAUGGCGAUGUGUGUGCUUUCACGAACAGGGAGACAGGGGAGAAAGUGGCCAUAAAGAAGAUUGGAAACGCAUUUCAGAACAAUACUACAGCGAGGCGCACACUUAGAGAGAUUUUGUUGCUCCGCCAUACUGAACACGACAACAUCAUUCCCAUCAGAGAUAUCAUUGUGCCUGCUAACAUUGAGGACUUUCAUGAUGCCUAUAUCGCAAAUGAGCUCAUGGAUACAGACCUUCACCAGAUAGUGAGGUCAACAAAACUUGACGAAUACCAUUGCCAGUUCCUGCUUUACCAGCUGUUGAGGGGUCUCAAAUACAUCCACUCUGCCAAUAUAUUGCACCGUGACCUGAAGCCCAGUAAUCUCCUCAUCAAUUGCAACGACUGUCUACUCAAGAUUUGUGAUUUUGGCUUGGCUCGAACAUCUGCAGAGGAUGACUUCCUUACGGAGUAUGUUGUUACUCGACCAUAUCGAGCUCCAGAGCUCUUGCUUGGGAGCCGAAUGUACACAGCGGCUGUUGAUAUGUGGUCAGUGGGCUGCAUCUUCAUGGAGAUGCUUACAGGACAACCUUUGUUUCCAAUCCGGUCAAGGCAAGAGCAUCCCGUGAAUCAUUUGAAACUCAUCACGGAGCUUCUAGGAACACCCGAUGCUUCGGACCUGUCGUUUCUGCAGAAUCCAGAUGCUCGGCAAAGAAUCCAAAUGGCUUUGUUAGGUCAGGAAAGGAAGCCUUUGUUUUCGAGGUUUCCUCAAACGUCUGCAAUAGCUUGUGACUUAGCGGAGAAGAUGCUGAGGUUUAACCCAUCCAACAGAAUAACUGCGGAAGAGGCCUUGGCCCAUCCUUACUUGGCAGCGCUUCACGACCUAAGUGAUGAGCCAACGUGUCAUCUUAUGUUCGACUUCGAUGCUUACCUUCCCAGCCUAACAGUUGAGCAUGUGAAAACUCUUAUCUGGAGGGAAGCUACACUUAUCAACGUCCAGUAAUCGCCAUAAAGAUGUAUCGGACCAGAUGUCGCUGCACCAAUUGGCAAAGCUUAAGGGUUGAGGGACUUAAACGCGGUUAGUACCUGAAUGAUUGCAAGGGAAAAUCUUCUGCACGUGGGAGGGAUGCGCAUUGUUGCUGGUUUGUAACUCUAUUUAUGUACCAAGUAUCAAAAGGGCAUCCAUAACAUGUCCAUUCAUCAAGCCUUUUAGGGUGUAGCAUAGUUAGUAGGACGCAUGUCAUGAUACCACUUGCAUUUUAGACCAGUUUGCAUACGUAUCCAGUGCCCAAAAUUAGGAGUAUUCAGGGUAUAUACACGCUUGUGAUGGACUGCUAUUACUUCCACACAUCAAUCGGUCUUGUUCAGCUUGAACAAUUCUUUAACUAAUUCAUCAAUGUGGUCACCAGUUUUGGUCAUCAGUUUUAGA